AUGCCGCCCUUCAUCAAGAACAACGAUGAAAUCUUUGACGAUGUGCCCGAUCUGGAGCCGAUCGCGGUGCUCGACACCAAGCUGAAGCCCGGUGAGGAGAAGGAGGAGUACAAGCUGCAGAUUGUCUGGCGCAAUGUCAUCAUCAUGGCCGCUCUGCACCUCAGCGCCCUGUAUGGCCUUUACUUGUGCUUCGUCUCCGCCAAGUGGCAGACUUCAGUGGCUGCUUUCAUCUUCUACCAGAUGAGCGGCCUGGGAAUUACGGCUGGCUGUCAUCGUCUCUGGGCUCACCGCGCCUACAAGGCCCGUCUGCCGCUUCGCAUCUUCCUGGCCUUCAUCCAGACCAUGGCUUUCCAGAAUCACAUUUACGAGUGGUCUCGCGAUCAUCGAGUUCACCACAAGUAUUCAGAGACUGAUGCUGAUCCCCACAACGCCAACCGCGGAUUCUUCUUUGCCCACGUUGGCUGGCUGCUGGUUCGCAAGCAUCCCGAGGUCAUCAAGAAGGGCCGUCAAAUUAGCCUGGACGAUAUCAUGCAAGAUCCCGUUGUGCGAUUCCAGAAGAAGUACUACUUACCCUUGGUGCUGCUCUGCUGCUUCGUGAUUCCCACCCUUGUGCCGCACUUGCUGUGGAACGAAUCGCUCUACAAUGCUUUCUACAUCUGUGCCCUCUUUCGCUAUGCAUUCACGCUGAACAUGACUUGGCUGGUGAACUCGGCCGCUCACUUCUGGGGACGACACCCAUACGAUAAGGAGAUCUCUCCGGCGGAAAACUCCUUCACCAUUAUUGGCGCCAUUGGCGAGGGGUUCCACAACUACCACCACGUCUUCCCCUGGGAUUACGCCGCUUCGGAGCUGGGCUGGCGCUUCAAUCUGUCCACCAUUUUCAUAAACGCGAUGGCUGCCAUUGGACAGGCCUAUGACUUGAAACGAGUUUCGCCGGAGAUGAUUCGCAAGCGCAAGGCUCGUACUGGUGAUGUUGCAACCCACGGUAAUUACGGCUUCUACCACCCGAACGCAUCAGAGGAGAACGGCAAGAAGAUUCACUGA